AACCUAAAUCGAUGACGUAAUGUCUGUGUGCUCUUCUUUCCUUAUUUCUAACCUAUAACUACUACCGCAGUGUUUACAAACACAUAUUAGCUAUAUUUCAACGAAUAAACGACACGAACGGCCUUCACUGCAGACAGAAUCUCUAAGGAAGUCGUCCCACACCCAUUUGGUGUGUACCCAGCGAUAGACUCCACCCUUUAACGAUCUUCGCUGCUGUCUCUAUCAACAAGGAAGUCCACCCUGUUAAGUCAUGCUAACGCAGCGAUCCUGUUCGGCCCGGAACUGAUCCAUAUUUUUAUAAGUACACUAUCGGAAACAUUUCAAGCGAAUGGUAUGUUAACUCAAGUUGUACUGACAUCAUCUCUGUGGACAAGUCUCUAUUGUUUCGUGUGUUACUUUUGGAGAAGCAAGUCAUAUGAAUGGUCAUGCCGUUCUGUAAGUCUGCUGCACGCACUGCUGAUAACCUCUCUCUCAUACUACUGCACUUUUAUUCAAGGUCCAUGGCCUUUUACAGAUGCAGGUGGACCGAACACACCUUUUCAAGAGUCCAUUGCAAUUAUUUCAGUUGGAUAUUUCAUCUUUGACUUUUUCUGGUGUUUAUAUUUUCAAACAGAUGGUCAAACAAUGCUGUGUCACCACUUUGUAUCAAUUAUUGCCCUGGCCAUCUGCUUGAUUACAGGUUCAUACGGCACAGAAAUUGUGGCUACCAUCUUCGGAUCUGAAAUCAGCAAUCCCUUGUUGCAGUGUCGAUGGUUUCUCAAAUAUUCUGGUAACCGUGACACAGCUAUUGCAGAUUUGGUUGAUGCUGCUUUUAUUCUCACCUUCACUUAUGUACGUAUUGUAGUCGGCAGCAACCUAAUCUACUGUUACCUGUCGAUGCCACACAUACCAAUAUUCAUGCGUGUCGCUAGUAUCACAUUUUAUUUGAUCUCUUGGGCAUUCUGGAUAACAAUAUUAAAAUUUGGUUAUCGGAAAUGUCUACGAAAAUAUCAAAAUUUCAAAAAUAUUACAAAAAUAGACCAAGUAAAUAGUGGAAUCUUAUAUCCAAAAGAUCAUUCAUUGUUAUGCUCUAAAUCACAUCAAAAUUAAGUAUCUUUUUUUAUUUUGAUUGGCAGAAUUUACAAAAUUAUCCAAGAGCCAAGAAUUUCGUAUUUUGUGCAAAAUUCUUAGCCUUUGAGUCAGUUUGUAACUUCUGUUGAUUUAAAUAAAAAGUAUAAACUCAUGUUUUGACUUCUAAUUUCCUGUUGUAUUACCAGACCUGAUCAAAAUUAUAUAUUAGCGACAGAGGCAAUAUUAAUACCAAGGGGUAAUAUUUAUCCCAAUUUAAAUGUGGAUGUUCUGUAGAACAAACUUUACUGCAGUAAAUACCAUGAGAGAAACUUCCAUAUUGGCAUUUUGUUGCAAAAUGCACCAUUGUUUAUCUCUCCACUAACGAUAUUAGCAAGAGUGCAUUUUGCAGCAAAAGCCAACACGAGAGGUUCUCUCAUGCUAACUACUGCAGUAUAGCUUGUUCUAACAGUACAUCCAUGUUUAAGUGAGGGUAAGUAUUGCCUCCUGAUCAAAAUUAUGUAGGUAUUUUAAGAGGUUAUAACACACAUAUUUUCAAGUGCCUGCUUUUUGUUUUCCAUUCAUUAGCCUCUGUGAGCUCUUUGCAUCAAACAAUGUUAGGAUUUUUUUUUUUAAGUGACCACUUGAUCAAGAUGUUGACCAUAUAUUUAUUCAUUGUCUUAGGUGGAAACUCUUUGUUUUAUAGCUUGAUAGCAGCAUUUAAGGAUAGGGCUACCACAGUAUAGUCAUGCACUUGAGCACUGUGUACAAUAACCUCGUUAAAUGAUCAGAAGUGAUCUAGAAAUCACUUCUCAGCAUUUAUUGCUUGUGCCUUGUCUCUGCAUUCUAUUUAUUUCUGGCAUUUAAUCUAAUUAGAAUACAUGGCCUAGUGAUUUAGCAGCCAAUCUAGUUUUGUUUUUAUUGCUAAGUUAAAUGACAACACAGAAUUUCUGAAAGUAUUUCAAGAAAAAAAAGAAAAGUUUGAUUUCUUAUCAUAUUAUAGAUAAAUAACUAACUGAUUAGUAUUAAAUGAGAA